CCCUACCCCUCUCCUUGUCAUGCUCACGGCGCCGCCCGUCGUGCAGAAGCGCAGGCUUGCUAGCAUGCUCCCUCUUCUGCUGCUCGCCGUCAUCGCUGUGCUCCUCCCUGGCGGCGCGGCUGUCGGUCUACGCAGGUCUUUGAUGGGCGACUACCACGUGAUUGCGGAGCGGAAGUCAGACUCGCCUCCGCCGCCGCUGCCGCCGCCGCCGCCCUCGCCGCUGCCGCCGCCGCCGCCGCCGCUGCCGCCGUCCCCGCCGCCGCCAGCUUCGCCGCCAGAGCACCGAGUAUUCUCCUUCCAGCUGCCGGGAGAUGUUAGUGUGAGCGUGGACGCAGGGCCAAAGGCCUGACGUGCACCUCUCCGCCUCACCUAUCGGUACGGCAGCGACUUUUGGCCACGAGAUCAUCGAGAGGGUUGUGUGUCGAGAUGUGUGUGCGCGCGGCAGUGCGCGCCAGCGGGCCGCGGGUACAAGAUCGACGUGUGGAGAGACGGAAACCGAGUCGAACCGAGGCCAUUCCGCUUGUGUAGUCUAGCCAAAAGGUAUGUCCCAAACCUACCCAUGACUGAUUC